CAGAAAACAACAAUCCUGUACGCAUCAGGCAAACAAAAUUUCGUCCAGCAAAUUGUUGCAAUUUUGCGGUGAUAAAUACCGAAUUUCGGAAAGCAUUCUAUCGCAAAAGGUAGCUAACGAUGACUUCCGUUCACACACCAUCGGUUGCGCUCAGUAAAUAUCGGGACCAGCAUUUUAAGGGAUCCCGUCAUGAACAGGAACGGCUGCUGAAAUUGACAUGCACUUUGUACAUUGGAAAUCUAAGCUUCUAUACGACGGAGGAACAAAUUCACGAGCUGUUCUCGCGAUGUGGGGACAUCCGGCGCAUUGUAAUGGGAUUGGACAAGUUCAAAAAGACACCGUGCGGUUUCUGUUUUGUGGAGUACUACGCUCGCUGCGAUGCGGAAAGUGCGAUGAGAUACAUUAACGGUACCAGAUUAGAUGAUCGAAUCGUGCGCGUCGACUGGGAUGCCGGGUUCGUCGAAGGGCGACAGUAUGGUCGAGGCAAAACUGGCGGACAAGUACGUGAUGAGUAUCGACAGGAUCACGAUCUCGGUCGCGGAGGCUACGGAAAGAUGGUACAGAUGGGCCAACUGGGAGCAAACAUACGGGAAAGCUAGACAAGCGACCAAGGGCAUUCGGAUUGACGUGGAUUGUGUAAGGUUUUAAGAUUAUUAAGUAUAUAUACAUAUAGAUUAAACUUUCGAAAUGAAUAAAGGGCUCACCUAAUUGA